UGUUGCACAUGGUACAAUUGUUUGUGGCAAUGAAUCUAAUAAAAUGCUUCAUGGUGUUCCAUUUCCAAAUAAUUGCAUGCGAGUCUCCAUUGAUGAAGCAGUAGAAAAAUCAGCACCUUUGCCAUAUCCAAUUCCAAGUGAAUUUGAAGUAAUUGGUGAUGCUGUAGGAACCCAUGUGGCUUGGCCAAAACACUUGAUAGUGAACCAAGAUGAGAAGCCUCGAAGGAAGAAGCUUGAACAACCAAAAAAGAAACAUACUUUGUCAACAAGUGCCCCAAGAGCAUUACAUAUGUUAUAUUGUUAUAGUAAGCGUGCUUUAGAUGAUGGCAGAUAUAUAUCAGUGAGUUUUGAUUAUGACGUGUUUGAUGAUGAUUAUGAACUUGUUCUACACCUUGAGGACAUCAUUCCUUUGUAUCAUUUGGAGCCCCUUUCAGGCAAUUGUGUAAUUGCCUACAUAUGGUAUCUUUAUAAAAAACUGCUGAAAGAUAACAAGAAAGAAAAAUUCAGAUUUGUGAAUCCACAUAAAAUCCCAUAUAUGGCAACCAGUGCACAUGACAAAAAAGGUAAGUUUGAAAGGCUAAACCAAAGGGCAAGUCAUUUGGCAGGCAGGCUAAGUGGUGCAUCUGUAGAUCAACUUGUUUUGGUGCCAUGUAAUAUCGGUUUCCAUUGGAUUCUCACUGUUAUUGACCCUUACAAUGAAGUUAUUUAUUUGUUGGAUUCUCUAAGGCACCGCAUUCAUGAUGAGGAUUGGAAAUAUAUAGUGGAAAUGUGAGUUCAUAUUUCUUUUUUAUUAAGCAUUUAUGUUAA